AUGAGCAAGAAGUUUGCCCCAGAGGAGGUCUCUGCCCAGGUGCUUCGAAAGCUGAGUGCCGAUGCUGGAAAGUACUUGAGCGCCAAUGUCCAGAAGGCUGUCGUCACUGUCCCAGCCUACUUCAACGACUCCCAGCGUCAGGCCACCAAGGAUGCGGGGAAGAUUGCCGGACUGGACGUGCUGCGUAUUGUGAACGAGCCUACAGCAGCAUCGCUGGCCUAUGGCCUGGAAAAGAAGAACAACGAGACAAUUUUGGUCUUUGACUUGGGAGGUGGCACCUUUGACGUGUCAGUCUUGGAGGUUGGCGACGGUGUUUGCGAAGUCUUGGCCACACACGGCGACACUCACCUGGGUGGCGAUGACUUCGACAAGGUUGUUGUUGAUUGGCUGGCCGAGGAUUUCCAGAAGAAGGAGGCAGGGCGGUUGGCACUUCCUUGA